UUAUAAGUCAAGGCUUGCGGGUUCAAAUCCAAACAUAUAUAAUGAGAUAAGAAAGCCAUUCCCCAUUAGUGAGUUAGAUCUCACUGGAAGAAACGUAAAGUUCGCUGGCUAAAAACUGCUACAUUGUAGCCUCGGGGAAAGCGAUUCUAAAGCGCUGUCAAAAGCUGGAAAUAUGGUAAGGCCGUGCAUGAAUAAUAGGGGAAUAUUUACUGAAGAUAACGGGGUAUAAUGAAACGCUUAUCCACAGGAGAAAUGCUCAAUGUUUUGAGGUGUUUGCGAGCCUGUUUAGUGCUGUCGUUUAAAGACCGUAUUUCUUUGCUAAAGCUUGUGGUUUUCGUAUUGACAGGUUGAACGAGAGCUCACACAAGACCAGAUUAAAGGUAUAUAUAGCAGAUUAAUGAAACAGGAAACAUAUGUAAGGAAUGGCAAGGCUGCAUGUGAUAACAAUUCACUCGACAUGAUGUAAUAAUAUAUCUGUGUUUCAAUAUACGAUCUGAAAACCGCGCUGUUUUGCGAUAUUCUCAACAAGCAUGAUAGCCGAUGCAAUAUAACUGAAUGUGUUGUUAGCAAAAAUUAACAUUCGUUUGGCGCACAGGAUAUACGCAGUCGCUUUAUCACAAUAACGAUUCUUUCAACGAUAUAUUUAUUGUGGUCAAUAGCGUAUGACGACUUUAUAGCGAAGUAUAUAAACAACAUAUAUAUAUACCCGUACAUACCGAAUAUAUAGAUUGUAACAUUAUAUGCAUAUACGAUGCAACAUGCCAUGUAAUAUCAGCGGUAUAUAACUACAUAUGUGUAUAAUAUAUUACUCUACUUAUAUUAUUUGCAUUUUCGUUGCGGUACUGAGCACUCUCUCUAUAAUAUAGGCAUUCCACCGUUUUCAAAUUACAUUCCGAAGAAUAUUCGAAGCUCACUCAGUAACUACGCUCAGUAGAGUUGAACUUUUGCUCCGCAGUAGCCUCGUUUUGACGUUUGCCUGUUUUAUCGUGGUUUAUAUAUCCCCAUGUAUAUAACUACAAGAAAACGUGGCCCGCAAUAAUUGACAGUACCGAGUGCAUAUAAAAUAAAAAAACAAGGGUAACUCCGAAAAUAAACAUUUUAAUAUUUUUCGGAGUUGGCGUUGUUUUAUAUUUUAUUAAAAUACUCAAUAGGCUCAGUGGUUCCAGUAAUUUUUAGUGCAUAUAAUAUGCAUCAGUGUAAAUAUGACAUGACUCAAACCACGGCAGCUUAUUGUAGAAUACUACCUACACUUGACCACCACGUUUGAGAUAUCUUUUUCAGGUAGUUCAGACACAAACCACGACAGCUUAUUGUAGAUGAGCUUAUUGUAAAAUACUACCUACACUGGACCACCACGUUUGAGAUUUCUCAAACGUGGUGGUCCAGUGUAGGUAGUAUUCUACAAUAAGCUGUCGUGGUUUGUGUCCGAACUACCUGAGAAAGAUAUCUCAAACGUGGUGGUCCAGUGUAGGCAGCAUUCUACAAUAAACUGCCGUGGUUUGUGUCUGAACUACCUGAAAAAGAUAUCUCAAACGUGUUCAGACACAAACCACGACAGUUUAUUGUAGAAUACUUAUAGACCUACAUUGCAUGGAUAACUCUGGGUCCCACGCUUUAGAUAUCCGUUCUACCUACAAUGGACCCCCCACGCUUGUAUUAUCAAAAUUUCCCACACAUGCAUGCAUGGGUAUAGAAAUUAUUAAUUGUGCUUAUUUAAGUAACACAUAUUUUUAAUAUUUUCAAAGAAUUUGAAGAAGCCUUCCUACUUUUCGAUACGGACUGUUCUGGUACGAUAUCAAUCGAUGAAUUGGAAGUGGUCAUGAAUUCUCUUGGUCAGAGACCAACAGAUGAAGAACUGAAGCGAAUGAUAGCAGAAGCCGAUGCGGAUGGUAAAUAUAUAUAUAUAUAUAUAUAUAUAUAUAUAUAUAUAUAUAUAUAUAUAUAUAUAUAUAUAUAUAUAUAUAUAUAUAUAUAUAUAUAUAUAUAUAUAUAUAUAUAUAUAUAUAUAUAUAUAUAUAUAUAUAUAUAUAUAUAUUAAACUCUACGUGCAUUCCUUCUUUUGUUAUCAUUGUUUACUAGAAAUAUCUUUUUAUGAUUAUACAUGACGAAACUAGUUCCGUUCUUUUGUUAAUUAAGUAAAAAUUGUUUGUUUUUCUCCUUCAAAAUAGAGAGUUUUUCCUCUAAACACAAAAUACAUCUUUUUUUAUCCUCCCGUGUAAGAAACAGCGCGUAAUUUAGUAUACAAUACAAUACUAAUAUCUUUUUUAAAUAGCUCGAAUCGUGAGUUUAGAAGAUGCUAAUUAUUCAGAGUGUGUUUCAUGUUAUAUAUUAUAUGUUGCAUUUAUUGUCGAAGAUUACGAAGUUUAGGGAUUAAAUACCCAUAUAUAAACGGAUUAUAGUUCUGCCUUUAAAAAACCCGAAAGUAAUGUGUGCGCUAGCUAUUGAAGGCCAAUGUCGUUGCAACCGUAAAUAUAUAGAGGAUAUAUUACACGGCGGCGCGAAGAUAUGACAUUUAUCUUCGAGUGGUGGAAACAAUAUUGUUUUUAACACGAGAAGAUAAAAGUCAUAUCUUCAAGCCAACGUGUUAUAAUGUUCUGUUUAUUAUAUAGUCCCAAGCAAAAAAUUGUAUAAAUACUAAAAGUCACGUGAUCGAUAUCUUCACUAGUGAAGAUAUGGAAAAUAUGUCACUGUGUAUUUUUCAGUAUCUCACUCUCUACUAUAUAACAAAAAAAAUUUUAUUCGGUAUAAUAAAUAAUUAUAAUAAAAUUCUACAGAAUUGAGCAAUUUGCUUACAACUUGUAACUCCCUUACGACAACGAUAAUGUAAGUUGUGUGCUUGAUUUACACAGUACAAUUCAAGUUGUAAGCAGGUUGAUGCGACAGUUUUAGGCAAAAAUUGUUCAGUGUGUAGAUCGUCCUUUACGUGCACAACAUGCAUGGCUUUUACCAGAAGAAGAAAUAUUUGUGUUUUACCUCGGCAGGAAAUGGCGAAGUGGAUUUUGAAGAAUUUCUGAGUCUGAUGAAAAAACAAAUGAAAGACAUGGACCCGGAAGCUGAACUGAGAGAACUGUUUCAAGUUUUUGAUAUGAACUCUGACGGCAAGAUAAGGUAAAAUAUUGAAGGGCCUCAGUGUACCGUGCAAUGUAGGUAGCGGCAAUAAUAAGAAAGCUUCGAUCGUAUUGAUAGGGAUAUAUAACUACCUGAAAAUACAAGGGUGGCCGCUAUAACUACAGCUAUUUGAAAAAUAUGUAGUCAGCUACAACUACUGCUACUUUUGAGGGAAGGUAGUUCGCUACUGACUACAGCUACUGCUUAAAAAUUGUAGCGAACUAUAUUUCGCUAUUUCGCUACGCUAUAAUAUUUUUUAGUUUUACUGUAUUUGGAGCAUCUACUAACUCAGGCUGUAAUGUAACCUAUAACAAAUCGACUUACGAGUAGCAACAGUAAACACAAAGCAACAUUUUUGUAGGCACUAUAUACAUUGUUAAAAGUGCAAAUUGACUAUUGAGUAUUGAUUUUAAGCAGACCGUGUCUCAAUAUCAUGCUAUUCUAUCAAGUUGCUAACAAUUUUAAAAAGUAGCGAAUAGCGAUUCGCCGUUUGAAAAGUAGUCAACUACUUGGCUACUUUUAGGCAAAAUGUAGUUCGCUAUAACUACAGCUACUGUUUUGAAAAAGUAGUCAAAAACUACUGGCUACUUGAAAAUUGUAGUUCGCUACACAGUAGCGAACUACAACUACUUCGCUACUACCCAUGCACCCUUGGAAAAAUACAAGGUCAAGGAGAACUUCGACGUUUCUAUAGUGAAGGUAGCAGCCAACUUUACGACGGGAAGCCUUCGCUCAAACGUCGAAGUUCUCCUUGUAUUUUUCAGGUAGUUGUAUCCCUAUCAAUCCGAAUCAAAAUAAGGUGAUGGGUGAUUCCAGCUGCAGACUAAAUUUUGAUCAAGGCAAGAAGAACGAAAUCCAACACCACAACUAGAAAGAGCGUCUUAGAAUGAGUAAAACUGCAAAGAUUGGUUGCUAAAUAUUGUAAAAUGAAGAAAAUAUAGCCCUCAUGUGAAGUUCGCAAAUUUUGUAUAUAUUUAUAUUACGCGCUGUAAAAAUAAUCACUUUCCGCUGAAAAAUGGUUAUUUUUCCCGCGCGUAAUGCAAAUAUAUACAAAAUUUGCGAACUUCACAGGGCUAUAUUUUCUCCAUUUUACAACAAUUCGCAACCAAACUUUGCAAUUUUACUAAUUUUAACAUGCUCUUUCCAGCUAUGGUAAUGGAUUUGGUUCUUCUUGUCUAUAGAUCAAAAUUUCGUCUACAGCUGAAAUCAUCCAGAAAUACUUCAAUCUUAGAGAGACUGAUGAUAAAUUUGGAGGAAUUUCGACAAAUUAAAGACAAGAUAGAGUUCGAGGAAGCCCCCUCCUGGGGCAAACUCAUCUUGAUUAAAACAUGUUUGCAUGUAGUUCGACUGCUAAUUCGUCUGUCUGUCAAUGCGGUAAACAGAGAAAUCAGCAAGACAAACUAUCUCUGUUUUUUUAUAGCCUAUAAAAUUCAUCUUGUGUUUACGCUUGCACAGAUGUUGCAUCUUUAUGCAGGAGCUGUCUUAGUUCAGUGCAAAUAUGUCAAUUAAUCCUAGCCAAGCUGACGGAGAGCAAUGGAGAGUUUUUAGGCGGGAUUAUAUAAGAAAGUAGAUUCUUAUCUUGGAAAAUAAGAAUGCUCUAGAAGCUUUACUGAUAUAUGCAUUUCAAUAUUGAUUAAGUCAACUCUAAAGCAUGACGAUUCACAAGAUAACGGAUUUUUAUUUAUCUAUAAAAAAAGCCAGAUCACAUCCAAUCCAUGAUAUAAAGUGAGGACUGUUGUGUAGAGUUGAGAGUCCCUACUGAUAAAAGUGCAAAAGAAAUAGAUCUCUUUUAGAGAAUUAAGAAUUAUUCUCUAGUUUAUACACUUAGCUACCUUUUUAAUUAUAUUUCCCGGUUGAGGAACGUAAAAUAAUAGACAAAAUGUCAAUUAUAAAAUACAAUUAUUAAUAAAUGAUGCUUCACAGUUGACGUUAUAUAUUAACAGCAAUUAAUAAAUAUAAGCAAAACUUACUGAACGCAUCACACAUCAUUUUCUCUUUGGCGUACAAUUUAAAACGUCUUCAUUUUAGCAUUAUUUUACAGAUAAAGCACUAAACAUACUUUUUAAGUUUGUUUACGAAUUGAGAAACGUAGGUAUAGAAAAAUAAAAAUUUUGAAAGUAGUCAUAACCGCACAUGUUACAUAACAUACAAAAACGUCUCCUCCUAGUAAUACAUUUUUAAAGUCAUCCUUCGUUUAUUUUUGCAGCGCGGUCGAAGUCCAGACGAUCAUGUCACAACAAGGGGAACGUAUUAAUAAUGAAGAACUUCAGGAAUUGAUACGCGAGGCGGAUUUAGAUGGAGAUGGUUUUAUUAAUUUUCAAGGUAAACAAUUUUGACGACGUUCGUGGCGAUGCAAGUGUUGGUAAUAAAACUAUUCCAUGUCAAUUCAUUUGCUCACAUGCACAAACCAAUUUGAGACGUUUGACCAAUUAGCCAUUCCGAAGUUGAUGAGAGGACUGGGCAGGGCCGCCGAGAGGUUGGCGGGGGCCCGGGGCAAAUUUUUUUUUAGGGGCUCAUAUCUAAAAAAUUUUUCACGGAAAAAAAUUUUCGGUCAGUGUACCAUUUUAGGGGUAAAAAUUUUUUUCCGGAUUACAAAAUUUUUCCGGACGAGUACGUUGCAAUUGCUUUCGAGGAACUUUAUCUCAGUUUUUUAUGCCAAAAUUCGGUACUUAGCCCAAGAAAACAGAUAUCUUGUCCUUGGCGGACCCCAACAAAAAUUUUUCAGGGGCCCCCAGCAACUCGGGGCCCGGAGCAAUUUGCCCCCACCCCCCUCUCGACGGCCCUGGGACUGGGGAUGAGUGUUAAAAACUGCCCAAAUUAAAAAAUGAACCAAAUCACUAAAAAGACCACCUCAAAAUUAGUAAGUAUACAAAGUUUGAAGACGUUUACAUGAAUAUCCUUCGAAUAAUACGCUUUCGAAAAUUAUGAAAUUACUGAUUUUAAAAGACCGUUUUUGGGACGCGUCCCCAAAAACAAAAAUUUCAGCACAUUUCAUAGUAAAUAUCGCGAUUUUCGAAAGCCUAUUAUUCGAAGGAUAUUCAUGUAAACGUCUUCAAACUUUGUUAUUUACUAAUUUUGAAGUGGUCGUUUUAGUGAUUUAGUUCAUUUCUCAAUUUGGGCACUUUUUAACACUAGUACUCGUCUCCAGUUCACUCAUCAACUUCGGAAUGGCUAAUUACCUGCAACUUCGUGUAUUUGAUAAUUCCUACAGUCACUUCCUGCCUCUUUAUGAUUGGUCAAUUGCACCAAAACCGAAGGCGAUUGGUGCGUUCAACAGGAAGUUUAUCAAUUAUACGGGAAAGUUGUGAAUUCUUUGUUUGCAAUCACGUGACUUUUCAUCCAAAUGACGGGCAAUGAAACAACUUGUGGACGAUUUUUCUCCUAUCAGAAUGGUCGUAGCGAGAACAACUGAGCGGUAAUUCAUCUUUUGAGUCUUAAACUGUCUCUAUAAACUCGAUCAAUACAUUAAAAUAGCUGUUUUUUGUUAUACCUGCCCGUCAACUGAAAUCCCAAAAUUACGUGAUUGCAAACAAAGAAUUGGUUCGUAUCAGAGUUGCAAAAAAUGUUCAACCUUUUUCCGAUUAAAAUUUCAAGUUUUCAAACCUUCCCGAAAAUAAUGUAAAUCAUGUCCUUUUCAAAUGGUAAAAUAUUACUAUAAAUUAUGCCAUUCAAAUAUACUUCCCGUUCCUCUUUUCAAAACUGACAAGCAUUUAGCAUUGAUCAGCUAGUUGAUUGCAUUGUAUUCACAUACAGACAAACAGUCUGGCGACUGCUGGCAGAUGUACGUUACGAUUGCCAUACAAACACCGGUUCCCAGAAAGCUGCUAUUGCCAGCUGCCAGCGUUAUAGGAAAUGCUGUACUACAUAAUUACUGUAACAGCACAACAUCAGCAUCCUGCCAACCUCAGCCUGCCAAGUCAAGUAUCAUUUAUUUGUUUUAUCGUGUUAAUGUUGAGUUCCUCACUGACCUCAUAUAUGGCAAACGUUUCUCACGGGUGGACCCGCACAUUCGAACUUUUCUGUUCGUGUGAGCAAAUAAAUUACGACUGCAAUGGCUAAAUCAAUGGCGUAACCGAGGGGGCAUAUUUGGUGUGGGGGCUCCUGUUGAGAUAUUAUAUUAAAAUAUUUUAUAUUGAAUAUUUAUAUAAUGUUCUGGAAAAUUCCGUGUCUAUAACAAUAACAGUCUCCAACACGUGUAACAACUGAUAAGAAUAACUUUUGUCUUAUUUGAGAUGUGGAGGCUUUAGUAUUUAGCAUUAUUAAUUUUGCAUUUUCCCAUUGAUUUUUAACCUGCAUUUUUUACGUUUUCUAAUUUUCUGGGCGAUAGACCGUGGCUGAUGGGGAGCUCUAAAGCCUAGUUUCCAUUUGGUCGUUAGUUGUCGCUGGCACGACAAGCGGUAGAUGUGAAAUAGUCUAAUAUAAUAAUAGUCUUUUGUGUGUGAUCUGCAAAUUAGUCUUAAUGAUUGCAGCGUUUUAUAACGUUUUGUUGACACUCUAUUACAUCAGCCACUUGUCGUGCCAGCGACAACUAACGUCCAAAUGGAAACUAGGCUUAACUGUCGGGGCCCCUUAGUUUUUUAACUAACUCUAUCCAAUGAGCGUUACGCCACUGGGCUAAAUUUAAACUGUGGAAUAUCAACAACGUCGUUUUCAUGUUUAUGACGCGGUUUCUAGAGCCUGUUGUCACGCUUCUGUGAUAGCAAUGUUGCAUGUUCGUACACAUCACCCACAUAUAUCAUUUAAGUACUUGGUAACCAUCGUUCCGUUUUAUGCUUACAUUAUCAUAACAGUGGAUAACUAGGCAUGCAUGUCAUUGUGAGUCUGAAAAUGUCAGUUGGAUGGCCAACGGUCAGAGAUAUAGAGGUAGAAAAAGUAUCGGAACCAACCUGGGAACCUGGUUCCCAGAAAUUUUGGGGAUCUACAUUUUUGCUGAGAUUUUCACGGACAUUUCUUUUUAGUUUGAUAGCAGAAAUCACGGACAUGAUUAUUCUAUUUUCUUGCUAGUUUGAGUAUCAGCGAUGCAUAACUCGUUGAAAUUUGGCUUCCGCAGUAAACAGUAAAUUAUAUUACGCGAUGCUGUAAAUUGCAAAAUCAGAGAAUAUACGGCAGGCCGUUUGCAAUUUGCCUCAAUUGCUAAUUGCAGAACAUAGUUUGUAGAAAUAUUUUAGUGUAAUGCAAUUUACUGUUUGAAGUUGAAGCCAUAUUUCAAGGUAAUAUGCAAAUUACGAUCAAGGAAGUACAGUACCAAGAAAUUCAUACCAUGAAAUGCAUAUUGAAAAUCAUGUAACUAACUCUCUUUUCUAAUCUUCUAGAGUUCAAGUUGUUCAUUAAAAACCUUGAACAGGACCCAGAAAGCCCGCCAGGAUAUUUGGUUCAAAAAUAAACUUUUUGAAUGUCGCUGUGGUGUUGUAAUUAUUAAUUAAAAUUACUUUAUGUGUGAUAUAUUAGAUAGGACUUGAUCUAAUAAAGCAGGCUUGGUUUUCUGUGCGAGAAAAUUAGGAUUGUUAUAAGAUUAUAGGUUGAAUAAUUAGUUUAGUUAAAUUCAUUUAACGUUGCUCAGUCAAACUAUAGCACUUUGGGUGCUGUAAUUAACCAUAAUAUAUUUAAUCAUACUAACAUAAUACAUGUUAGUGAAAAACAAUUGAUUGCGUAUUAUCAUGAAAAAAAUUAGCAUAUAACGCAUUUCAUGAUUGCAUUUCAAAUCAAAAGUUGAAAGAAUCGUUUUACGAAACAAAAAAUGCGUAUUUCGCGUUAUUUACAAUAACUUUUUAUUCCAUAAAACAAACACGUAGUCAUUUUAACACAUUGUAUAUUUAGAAAAUGUAAUCGAGCAUGUAAACAACAGGUAGUUUUGUAUGGCUAUUUGUAAUAUUUAAGUAAUUUGAUGUAUUAUUGUGUAUAUAGUAUUAUAUAUUAUCUAUUAUUCAACAUUUGAAAAAAAUUGAAAUAACUAAUUGUAUUAUUGCGCUGCAAAUGUAUAUAUAUAUUGAGUUAUAUUACCAAAAGAUGUAAACCAUUUUAAUUGUAUAUUUAAAUAAAC